AUGAAAACCAUGCAUUUACAAAUACUAAUUAUAUUAUCGCUAUGUUACGUUUGCUAUGGGAAUUUGGAAGGUCCCUUCUUAUUCUUUGGACCUAAAUCCCUUGAAAGGUAUCGAAGACCAGCCCUCAAGUCUUUAGACCAGGAUGACUUGAUGAGGAUUUAUGGGGAACAGGCAGCAAUUGUGGUGUUUAACAACCAGGACUCAGUACCUCUAUCUAGCGGAAACUUUCCUAGACUGAGGAAGAUGUUGGAAGGUCAAACUACGUUAGUUCUUCCGCAGGACUUCCUUGAUGUACAUCCUGAUUACAUCAGCAAUGAAACGCAGGUACUGACUCUACAAGGUCCGUGGUCAGAGCGCGACGCGCAAAUGACAGAGACCUUCGCCAGGCUUCAGGAUAUUUACGGCGCGGGCCGGGUCUUGGGAGUUUUAGGCAACUCCGUAUCUCAAAGCCAAAUCUCAGAUUACGACGGCGAGUGGGUCCGCGUGCGCAGACAGGCGGAGGACUCGACUACCACUGCCGCUACUGAGGAAGAGAGACCAACCCGGAUAUAUACUAAAUUUCCUUUUUACAAUGCUAGCGUUGUGAACGGUAAAGGCAUAUUGAUGUACUCGUCGGGCUGGCCAGAGCUGAAGUGGGCAAAUGGCACCGUGAUGGUGCUCGACACGCCGGUGGGAGUCGCGACAGUGAAGGCCACCCGACUCUACACUAUACUUGUUUUGCAGUUCGCACAUGGAGAUAGUACGAGGGAUAAGAUUUAUCUAGAAUUUUCUUUCAAACAAUCUGGGGGAUGGUGGACAGCAAUGGGUGUAGAAGUAAAGCUCACGUAUGAAGGUCCGGGACUGAACCUCCAAGGUCCACCACCUCCUCACGCUCCCUCAGCGGUGCUGGGAAAAGCUUAUCAUUGCUCUUUACCUCUGGUGUAUGCAUCUGAAGAAGCUACCCUCACCAUGCCCGAUAUAAGGAUGCAACCGUUCAUGGACAGUACUGAAAAAUUUGCGGAUGCAUUCGACUGUAUUGGUUUCACCACCGUACCUAUUUGGUCUGGACUGAUGGUGACAUUCAUCAUAGUGAUCGGACUCGCCAUAUCAAUCUCCAUGAUAAUGGACAUCAAAACCAUGGACCGCUUCGAGACGAGCAAAGCUAAGCAGUUAACUAUAACCGUUAGCGAC